AUGUCUGCCGUGGAAAUAUUCUAUGAAGAACGAGAAUUAAUGCCCGAAGAGAUAGAAGAAAGGAAUAUCGAGAAGCGCGAAAAUGGCCAGCAAAUAUCUGUGUUUGACGAUGUUCGCUAUCUCAUCGAUAUCAACUUAUAUCUCGACCCAAAUGUGCCCCUCGACCGUCUAGGCGCGGUUGCUAAGGCUAUCGGCGUUGAGCUACGUCAGCGCCCUAUUGUGGAAGAUGCAGCCGAUACACGCAAUGGCGUGCCGUACACUAUAAUCGUUAUGGGCGUGGACUUCUGCGGGAUCCCCGACCUUUACGAUGGCACUGCAAGAAGGUAG